UUCAAAGUGGGCCAGAAGAAUGUUGUUUUGGCUUUGAUUUCUCGCCAAAGUUAACCAGAGUGGGUGACGCGUGUCAAUUCAGGUCCUGGCCGACCGGGGUUGUUUUGUAGUUGGUUCUAGGGUUCUGGUUGCGGUGGUUUAAGUUGGUGGAACCAUGUCCGAUAGAAAGAAGGUCGUGAUUGCUGCCGUUGGCAUUUUCGUGUGCUACUUCUACUUUGGGAUCAUCCAGGAGAAGAUCACCCGGGGCACGUACGGUGAUGAACUCCAGGAAGAUGGUAGUCGAGGGGAACGGUUUACGUUUACGCUGGCACUGGUCGGGGUGCAGUGCGUCUGUAACUGGAUCUUCGCCAAAGCUAUACUGAUUGCAAGUCCACAAGGAGCGGACACGACUCCCAAGAUGUACUACGCCAGUAGUUCACUUACUUAUCUGUUGGCUAUGAUCAGCUCGAACAUGGCAUUAUUGUGGGUAGCCUACCCGAUGCAAGUUGUUGCCAAGUCAGCGAAACCGAUUCCGGUGAUGUUGUUGGGCGUUCUCUUUGGUAGAAAGUCUUACACGCUGCAAAAGUACAUGUUUGUCCUGCUGAUCGUCAUCGGCGUCAUUCUGUUUAUGUUUAAGGAUGGUAAAACAAGCAAUGCCCCACUGGAGAAUGAAGGUUUGGGUCAACUGCUGCUUAUAUUGAGCCUCACGAUGGACGGGUUGACUGGAGCUGUUCAGGAACGAAUGCGUCAGCACAGUUCUCCAUCGGCCCAGCACAUGAUGCUUGCGAUGAACGGUUGGAGUACGAUUUUCGUAGCCGUCCCACUGCUCGUAUCCGGCGAAGCGUUCAGUUUUAUAAACUUUGCCAUCAAAUACCCCAGAUUGAACCACUUGGCUACCCUAGCCCUGGCCGGGGCUCUUGGCCAGCUGUUCAUCUUCAUGAUGGUGUCGUCUUUUGGAGCGCUCGCAUGCUCCGUGGUCACCACGACCCGGAAGUUCUUCACCGUGCUCUUUUCGGUGUUGUUUUUUGGCAACAGCCUCUCCGGACGUCAGUGGAUCGGCGCCGUGCUGGUGUUUACCGGCCUGUUUGCCGAUAUGUUCUACGGUAAGAAGGGCGCACCGAGCAGUGGCGGUAAGCCUCCACUGAAGGCAAAAGACAAGAGUGAGACUGAAGGGCUGGUGAAAUGAAGUGAAGGCUCGAAAAUACGGCUGCACAAAUCAUUAUCAUGGUUAGGAACUAAUGUACAAUAAAUCAGAAUUUAAACACAAAUUGGGCACCCCUCAUAUAAAUGUGUACACACUGUUGCUUAGCUUUAAUCCUGACAUUAGAUUAAAUCAGUGAGUAACCGUCUCCAUCAAAAGUUAGAAAAAAACAAAUAUAAAUAAUAAAACUGAAAUUACUUUCCAA